CAACGUGUUUCGGAACUUCAUCGUAGUUACGACGCAUUACAAUACCCAAUAUUGCAUUGGAAAGGUGACGAUGGCUAUAAUAUAAAUAUACCAAUGAUUGAUCCACGAACAGGUCUACAUGUACAAAAAAAGUUAGUGCCAUGAAUUUUUAUUCUUAUCGAUUGAUGGUUCGUCCACAAGAACAAAACUAUAUCUUGAGAUGUCGUAAACUAUAUCAUCAGUACAUCGUUGAUAUGUACGUCAAAAUAGAAACAGAACGUCUUAAUUUUAUUCGUUUCAACCAAGCAAAAUUAAGAUCUGAACAAUAUAUUCAUUUGCAAGAUGCGAUAGCGAAUGAUGCUAAUAUUAAUGACAUCGGACGUUUAACUAUAUUGCCAUCUUCGUAUAUUGGUAGCCCACGGAAUAUGAACGAAUAUGCACAAGACGCAAUGUGUUAUGUAAGAAAAUACGGUCGACCGGAUCUGUUCAUUAAAUUUACAUGUAAUCCGCAGUGGGAUGACAUCAAAAACAAUUUAUUUGCAGGACAGUCGACAACCGAUCGUCAUGACAUUACUGCGCGUGUUUUUCGGCAAAAAUGUAAAGCAAUUAUGGAUUUAAUUGAGAAAUUAUAUGUAUUUGGGGAGGUGCGUUGCCAUAUGUACUCCAUUGAAUGGCAGAAAAGGGGAUUGGCGCACGCACAUAUACUAAUUUGGCUGGUACAUAAAGUAACUCCGGAUCAAAUCGAUAACCUUAUAUCAGCUGAAAUUCCUAAUCACACUGCUGAUCCUGAGUUAUUUCAAGUUGUCGUUAAAAACAUGAUACAUGGACCGUGCGGUGAACUAAAUAUGAAUUCACCAUGUAUGAUUGAUGAAAAGUGUUCGAAACGAUACCCAAGGCAAUUUACUUCAGGCACAAUAACGGGCAAUGACGGAUAUCCGUUGUAUCGACGUAGAUCACCUAAUGAUAAUGGCAAAACGGCAACCAUUAGAAUGCAUAACCAGGAAGUUGAAGUUGAUAAUCGUUGGGUGGUUCCGUAUUGUCCAUUAUUAUCGAAAAUAUUCAACGCUCAUAUAAAUGUGGAAUAUUGUAAUUCUGUCAAAUCCAUUAAAUAUAUUUGCAAGUAUGUAAAUAAAGGGAGCGAUAUGGCUAUUUUCGGUGUUGCUGAUGAGAAUAGAUAUGAUGAAAUUACUCAGUAUCAAAUGAGUCGCUAUAUUAGUAGCAAUGAAGCUGUCUGGAGGAUUAUGUCGUUUCCAAUGCACGAAAGAUAUCCUGCGGUUGUUCACGUGGCUGUACAUCUUGAGAAUGACCAACGUGUUUAUUUUAAUGUAGCAAAUUUAUUGGAAAUAGCAGCGCAACCACCAGCAACUACGUUAACAGCUUUUUUUAAAUUAUGCGAAACUGAUACAUUUGCGAUAACUUUGUUAUAUUCUGAAGUGCCUCAGUAUUACACAUGGAAUGUGUCUCCGAAAAAAUUUCAAAGACGUAAACAAGGAACAGCAGUUCAUGGGCAUCCUGGCAUUUUCCAAACAGAUGCAAUUGGCAGAAUAUAUACAGUACAUCCAAACAAUGUUGAGUGUUUUUAUUUGAGAUUGUUAUUAGUUAACGUGAAUGGCCCAAAAUCAUUUCAAGAAUUGAGAACAGUCAACGGUCAUUUGUGUGAAACAUACCGUGAAGCAUGCCAACUUUUGCAUUUGUUGAAGGAUGAGGCUCAUUGCGAUUCAACAAUUCAUGAUGCAUCUAUUUGGGCUCAUCCUCAACAAAUACGAAUGCUGUUUGCCGUUAUAUUAUCAACAUGUAUGCCAUCAAAUCCACUUGAAUUAUGGAACAAAUAUAAACAUAAUAUUGCAGAAGAUAUUUUAAUUCGUAUGCGUCAUCAUGCAAGAAAUCCUGAUUUGUUGAUAACUUUGGAAAUGUACAACGAAGCUUUGAUAAUAAUUGAAGAUAGGUGUCUACGGAUUGCAAAUAAAACAUUAGUACAAUUGGGUAUGACCGUACCAAAUCGUGACAUGCAUGAUCUGUUUGAUCGUGAAUUGCAACGUGAGCAGGAAUUCAAUUCUAAUGAUUUGCGUUUAUUUGUACAAUCGAAUAUAACCAAAAUGAAUAUUCAGCAAAAACAUGUCUAUGACACAAUCAUGCAAGCCAUUUCCAAUAAUGCAGAAUUACAGAAACCAUGA